AUGGCUGACGAAGUGAUUCAUAGCUUGGAAAACAUGAAACUAACCACGGAGGAGGAGGAAGUGAUAGAGGUAUCUGACGAAGGAAGACAAGAGGAGAUUGAGAGUUGUACACUAAGCUUACUGGGAAAGCUUCUCACGUGUAAACCAUUCAACAAAAAGGCAGCGAUAAACACAUUUAAGAAGGCGUGGGGGUUAGAAGAAGGAGUUCACAUCAUGGAGGUGGGCUCAAAUCUGUUUCAAUUCAAAUUCCAAAAAGAGUUUGAGAUGGAAAGGGUUUUCAGAGGAGGCCCUUGGACGUUCGACAACCAAGCACUUAUGCUUUGUCGGUGGCAGAUGGGUUUGACAGCACGUAAUGUGAAGUUUGAUUCAAUACCGAUGUGGGUGCAAAUUUGGGACGCACCAUUUGACAUGGUUUCUCCCAAGGUGGCCGUGGAAGUGGGGAGUAGGUUGGGAGUGGUAGUAGAAGAGGAGAAGCGACUGAAGCUUGAGGCACAACGGCUGUUCAUGCGAGUCCGGGUUGCUAUUUCGAUUUCGAAACCGAUAAGAAGGGGAGGUUUUGUGGCGAGAUCAGAUGGUACUCGGUACUGGGUUAAAUUCAAGUAUGAGCGACUGCCGUUGUUUUGUCACUACUGUGGGUUGCUGGGUCAUGAUCUACGUCACUGCGCCAGUUACAACGCGACAUCAAAGAACAGCGGCGACAUGAUGUGUCAGUACGGCGACUAG